AUGAGUGGAUUUCGUUUACUUGAUUUAGUCAAGUUUUUGUUACCCGUAUUACCAGAAAUCGAAAGUCCUUAUGAAGCUGUCACUUUUGAUGAAAAGAUCGUUAUUACCAUCUCAACUGGUAUAAUCUUCUUAUUUGGUCAAUUACCUAUUUAUGGUUUAAAACCUAACAGUUCUUUAUUCAUUGAAGAUCCUUUCUAUCAAUUCAGAUCAAUCUUCGCCAUGGAAAAGGGUACUUUAUUAGAAUUAGGUUUAUUACCAGUUAUCACCUCAGGAUUCCUUUGGCAAAUCUUAGCUGGUUUCAAAAAGAUCAAAGUCCAUUUAGGUGUUAGAUCUGAACGUGAAUUAUUCCAAACAGGUCAAAAAAUCACUUCAUUAGUUAUUAGUUUAAUCUAUUGUUUAGGUUUGAUUUUUUCAAAUUAUUAUGGUUCAAGUGUUAAAGGUUUAAAUGUUGGUGAAACCAUUUCUAUUGGAAGUGCAUUAUUCAUUAGUUAUCAAGUUUUAGGUAUGUCUUUCUUCUUAACUUUAUUAGUUGAAACUUUUGAUAAAGGUUAUGGUUUUGGUAGUGGUAUUUUAUGUUUAUUAACUUUACAAUAUGCUACCAAUUUUGUUAAAGAUGUCGUUGGUUUAGAAUUGAUUCCUUUAGCUAACUCCAACAAAUUAGAAAAUCAUGGUGCUUUGACCAAUUUGAUUAGAAACUUUUCUUUCAAUCCUAAAGAAUUAGGUAAAUCAGUCUUGAAUUCUUUCACUAGAUCUGAGUUACCAAACUUGAAUCAAUUCUAUAUUUCCUUGAUUGUUAUUUUAGUCGCUAUUGGUAUCAACAACUUCAGAAUCGAAUUACCAAUCAGAUCAACUAAAAUGAGAGGUAUGAAUAACAUUUAUCCAAUCAAAUUGUUAUACACCGGUGCCUUACCUUUAUUAUUUGCUUUUACCGUUUUAGCUAAUAUUCAAGUUGUUGGAUACUUUUUAGUUAAGUUAACUGGUAAUGCUAUUUUGGGUGAUUAUAAAUUAGUCAACAAUCAAUUAGUUUUAUCUAAUGGUGUUUUAUACUAUUUAUCUUUACCUUCAUCAAUUUACCAAUUAUUAAUCAAUCCUUUGAGAACUGUUAUUUCCAGUUCAUUGGUCAUCUUUUUAUCAUGUUGGUUUGCUAAUUAUUGGUCUUACUUCUCUGGAUCAAGUGCCGUUGAUAUUGCCAAACAAUUUAAAGAACAAGGUAUCACCAUUGGUGGUAAAAGAGAUGCUUCCAUCGUUAAAGAAUUGGGUAGAAUUAUUCCUGUUGCUUCAGUUUCAGGUGCUUUCUUAAUCACUUCUUUAGCUUUAGUUGGUGAAUUCCUUGGUGGCUUUGGUAAGGCUGUCACUGGUGUUGUUGGUAUCUGUUCAGCCUUCGGUAUAAUGGAAGAAUUCAUAAUGGAAAGUCAACAAAAUGGUGGUAACUCUCAAUUAAUGAGUUCAUUAGCUAAUUAUCAAUAG